AUGGUUAUGGGCUUGCUCCCUCUCCCCGCCCUAAGCUACCCCGCACGCCAGUGCCGGUUUUCCUCCUUCAUCUUACUUACGCUCACUAUCCGCACUACACCACCCGCUGCUACGUCGUCGCCAACGCCUGCGGCUGCUGCCUUUGCGUGGGUUGGCACUCUUGACGACACUGAGCCCUUCCCCUUCUUUGAUAAACUCGACUCGGACCAGGGUCUGGGCGGCACGCGCUUCUACGAUGAGCCGAACGACCACUGGUGCUUACUGGCGCAGAUCACCGAGGUAGAAAGGUUACUUCGCGUCCGUCUCAGUGCAGUGGACCGCGAAGGCCGACCGUUCGUCAUUGCCUUCUACCCAGCAGAGAAGAAGGCUGGCGACAUCGAUGUCAAACGACUGAGGGUCGGACAUACCAUUGCUAUUCUGUACGCCAACCAACACUUCUUCCUCGACGGGACGGACGGCGUCCGCGUCGAGGACCUAAGCAAAUGCCGCGUGUUCCCUGUUGACCUGGACUCCCUAUUCCGCAUUCACGCAGAUUACCACCCGGCCUUUAAGGCUCUCCUGACGCUGCCCGGCUUACGGGGCACUGACCGUCUCGAGUUUCCUCUGUAG